GCAACGGUGGUGGUGGUGCUUGCCGGUGGUGGUAUGUGUACUACCGCGUUUUAACUCACGGGGAAAACUGUAAGAGCGGGUGCGCGAGAGCUCGAGCGCGGGUGCGGACUUCAGUCGCGUGCGACGCGCGCUCCCGGUCGCCACGGUCCAUGAACCUCGACCUCGGCUCCGAUUCCGAUGCGACACUGUCAUCGCACGAGACGAAAGCAAGAGCUCCGGACGUGACGCGCUCUCAUGAACUCUCGCGCGUCUAAUUAACGAGGAGCGCUCGUUAUCGGUUCACGCCGACUUCGAGAGCAGCGAGAUACGAGACACACGCUUCUCUUUCUUUCAUUUUUUCUCUUCUUUUCCUUUUUUUCUCCCAGCACGGUGUUACUGCGGGCAUGUGUGCGUGGAAUUGAGUCGCCGGCCGCGCAGGUUAUUAAGCAUUUCGCGCAAUCGCGUCUCCGCGGAUUGAAUCGGCGCGGCACGAAAGCGCGCCUCGGAUUGUAAUUAAGAUCAAGACGAGGGGAGGGAGUUGCCUCGAGGGUGGCGUGUCGCGCGAAACGCCGAGGACGAUGCGGCACCGGUAUCGAACUCGUUGAGAUCGUGGUCGAUCGCGAGAGAUCGCGCAAUGAGAGCGCCGGGGAGCCAAACGCGACUCUCGAUUCCGCGGAAUCAAUUUCACGAAGUCAAUGAGACGAAACGAGAUCCUCGCAGCGCGAUUUGAUGAAACGAUUUACAUUCCGCCGGCGUGUCCUCGCCGGCCGAGAAAAUCGCAAUUAAAGCCUCGCGCGAGCAAAAAACACCGGCGUGAAAGGUGAACGAAGGGCGGGAGGGCGGCCGGACGGGUAGGAGGGAGAAAGGGGUGGAGGAAAGAAGGUGCGAGACGGAAAGUAGAAGUAAGGGCGCCUCGCGGACAAUAAUAUUCGUUAUCGAGUGAGAGGAGUACCAGAAACGAAUUCACCGGCAUUGAAAAGUUCAGGACUGCGCGAUAAGAAUGUCGUGUUUGACUCUCUAUCUCUAACGAGCGAUGAAGUGGAGUUCCCUGACUGAGAGUCCGCCGCUCUUUCUCUCAAUCGCGCUGACUUUUCCCUCCGGCAAAAUCCCGCGGUAAUUCUGCUCAGCUGGAGCCGACAAAAGCUCGCAGUGAUCUACGUGCGACGCCAUGGAUUAACACAGGCGAAACAUUUCGCGGGACGCACACACACAAGUGCGACGUGCCGGUAUUUAUUAAAUUUACGCGCGGAGAUCGAUCUCCGCCGGAAAUUGGCGAGGAGAAUAUUCGCGAUCGUCUGAAAGCCUAGUGGAAAUAACACCGAUAGAUCUCCGUCGCGUGCGUCUUAGGAAAAGUAUCGGCAAUUAUGAGGGACAAAUUUGCGUUCAGCUCGGGAGUGCCGGACAUGCACGAGACCCUGUCUAGCUUCCCAGAACAGUUCGGGGACGGGCCGAGGAAGCCGGAAAUAAAGCCGGAAAUUCUGAAGGAGACGGAUAGGACCGCGGACAAUCUCAAGUGCGGUUGGUUCUGGUUCAGGCCGCUCUACCUGCAGAGAUUUCGCACCGCGAAAUGGGCCCUCUUUUGGCUGUGUUGGGCCGGAGCCAUGCAAGGAAUGGUCGUGAAUGGUUUUGUAAACGUCGUCAUAACGACGAUAGAGAGGAGAUUCGGACUGAAAUCGUCGGAGACCGGCUUGAUAGCAGGUGGUUACGACAUCGCCAGCUUCCUCCUCCUCGUACCAGUAAGCUAUCUCGGCGGCCGUUCGAAAGCGUCGAAACCGAGGUACAUCGGCGUGGGAAUUCUAGUCUUAGGUAUAGGAAGUCUACUUUUCGCAACGCCACAUUAUCUUGCCGGACCGUAUAGAGGAGGUCAACAGACGGAAAACAUAUGCCAAAGUGCCGCCAAUACCUCGAGUACUCGCUCGGUAUCCUGCGCGGGAUCUUCCGUACAAACGGAGCUAGAGCCUUAUAGUGGCGUGUACUUAACCAUAUUUCUAGUAGCUCAGCUGCUACAUGGCGCCGGUGCGGCACCGUUUUAUACGCUCGGGGUUACAUACCUAGACGAGAACGUCUCGAAGAAGAUGUCGUCGGUGUAUCUAGGUAUCUACUACACUAUGGCCAUAAUAGGACCCGCGUUGGGCUACGUGGUCGGAGGUGAAUUGUUGAAGAUUUAUACAGACUUCUUCACAGUGGACUCCUCGACCAUCGGACUAACUCCCGACAGUAACGUCUGGAUUGGCGCGUGGUGGAUCGGUUUCUUGGCCGCGGCUGUCAUUUGCUUUAUCAUCGCGGUGCCUGUCUUAGCAUUUCCGGCGGCUUUGCCAGGAUCGGAGGAAUUGGCGAAGGAUAGAGUGUCGGAGGCGCACGAGAAAUCGACUCGAUCGUCCACCGCGGGAACGGGAGAAGCGUUUUCGAAAAUACGUGAGCUGCCACGUGCCCUCACUGAGCUACUCGGAAAUCCGGCAUUUUUUAUGCUGAACUUGGCAGGUGCCAGUGAAGGGUUGCUGAUUGCCGGAUUCGCUGCCUUCCUGCCGAAACUGAUUGAAAAUCAAUUCAGCGUCAGUGCCAGCUCGGCCGCGUUGUUGAUGGGAUUGGUAACCGUGCCUGCGGGAGGUGGUGGUACCUUUCUCGGUGGCUAUCUGAUAAAACGCUUCAACUUGCCCUGUUCCGGUAUUCUCAAGUUUUGCCUGUUGGCCACAGCCGCUUGUAUCGUCUUUACACUGUGCUUCGCUCUGAAUUGUCCGAAUCUCGAUUUUGCUGGAUUAACCGUACCUUAUCAUAAUACCACCAAAAAAGUCGCGUUAUCUCUGGAGAAUGUCUGCAACAGCGGCUGUGGCUGUUCGAAAUCGCAAUUCGACCCCAUAUGCGGCGUCGACGGAAUCACAUAUUAUUCACCCUGUCAUGCCGGAUGUUAUCGGGAAACACCGAUAAACGACGCCAAGUUAUACACAGAUUGCAGUUGCAUACACGCACCGGCGAUGAAUCUAACGAUCGGCGAAAUCGGCGACGUUCUCUCAUACGAAGCUAUCAAUACUACCUGCACGAGUACAUGCUCGUACUUGUGGCUAUUCAUCGUUCUGGCCUUCUGCAACAUGUUCAUGACUUUUCUUUGUACGAUGCCGGCACUUUCGUCUACAUUGCGGGUCGUACGAGACGAUCAGAGAUCAUUCGCUCUCGGUAUACAAUGGAUUAAAGUGCGGAUUUUGGGCACGAUACCGGCACCCAUGGUAUUCGGUGCUCUCAUUGACGAUACUUGCAUCUUGUGGAACGAAACGUGCGAAGGCAGAGGAGCGUGCCUCGUUUACGACAAUUACUAUAUGAGCAGAUAUAUGCUCGCUCUGGCAUUUAUCGGGAAAGCAGCUUCACUUCUCUUCUUCUUCCUAGCGUGGUGGACGUAUGUGCCACCGAGCGGCCGUGGCAUCGACCAGAAUUCCCGACAGCAAACUACGGCCACUCUAAUGCUAAGCGACACGUCCCAGGAAGCUCAAAUAGAUUCAACUACGAUAUCGUAAACUCGAAUUACUUUGUCCCUUAGAAGAUUAUCUUGGAGUGUUUUAUAGGCAUGAUAACAACAAUUGCAGUUGAUCACGAGGCAAAAUGUUCUGACUUUCGUUUCGCGAUAGGAUGAAUAUUCUGAGGAACAAAGUAGUCUGAGUGUAGAAUAAUCCGUAUCACGAAAGUGUAGGUAAAUAUUGAAAGAGAAUAAAAUGCACGUAAUGUCGAAGUAACGCGAACAAGAACAGAAUAAAAUGUGUAUAUGUGUCGAAGCAACGUGAACAUGAAUGGGAUAAGAUGCGCGUAUUUGUCGAAGUAACGCAAGCGAAAUGGUUUUCUAUGCGAUGGAAACCUAUUUUCGCGCGUUGGAUGGAUAAUAAAUUUUUGAUAACCCUAUAAGUGGGGCUUGGAAGUCGGGCCAUUAGAAUUUGAGUCCCGCGGGUUGCCGAAUGGAAGCCUACAACGUUCGAAGUUGCAGCUCCUACGUUUGAUUAUCCUAUUACCGCCGUGUUGUGUAAGCAAGUACAUAGUUCGCGCAACUCAAACUUCCGAGCCUUAUAACGUGAAUUUUUGUAAUCCCGACGUUUACCGAUUGUCAAUUAAAGAUCAGUUAGCUAGCUACGUUUCCUAUAAUGGUGAGUAUCGAUAAUACUUUAUAUAUCCGCGAGGAAACGUGAUGUGUAUGUGUGAGACACGCGAAUGAAUUUCGGGGACGGUUCUACCGAUAUAUCAAUAAUGCCUUGGUGGUUGUCGUAUAUAUCGCCGAUUUGAUAUCGAACUUUUUGCGCCAUUUUUCACUCGUAAUUAUUUUUGUUAAAUGGAAAAUACCGAUACGCCUAGAGCACGUAUUAUACAUGUCACCAAUAAAGAGCUAGAGAAGUA